CUUUAUACAACGAGUUACUAACAGGCAGUGGUAGCCUUUUUGGUUUUUCCGCUAUAAUACACAGCAAUGGCGAAUACCAGAGAAAAAGUAGUUGGCAAAUUUAAGUUUAAUAGGGAAAAUGAAAUUGGCCGAAGUAUUGGAACGGUUGUUUUCAAAGGUAAAUAUGAGGAUGACAUUGAUGUUGCAAUCAAAAGGAUACAGAAAGGUGACGCUUCAGUUGAAAUCAACGUACUCAAAAAAAAUCAUUCUCAUCGAAACAUUGUGAAGUAUUACGUUACAGAGGAUGACGAAGAAUUUAACUAUAUAGGUACAGAGCUGUGUCAAGACACACUUGAAAAUUUAGUAAAUAAGAAAUACGAAGGACAAGAGGUUGGCUCCAAGCUCGAGAUUCUGAAACAAAUAACCCAAGGUUUGGAAUACCUUCAUUCCAAUGAUGUUGUUCAUCGGGAUAUCAAACCGCAAAAUAUUUUGAUUUCAUUUCCUCACGGAAGUGUGCCACCUUUAAUGAAAUUGACUGAUUUUGGAAUCAGUCGCAUUCACAAAGAUGGACGAAGUGAUUUAACCAAAACUGGAUCGUCCGGAACCCUUGGAUGGAUUGCACCAGAGUUCUACGACCCCAAAGUCGAGAAAUACACUAGGCUAGCUGACAUUUUCCCGUUGGGUUGCGUUUUUUGCUACGUCCUUUCGGGUGGCAAGCAUCCGUUUGGUGAUGAAAAGGAUCUCCGACAAGGAAAUAUAAAAUCAGGAAAAUAUUCCUUACCAAUGGAGGAUUUGGAGAAAUACGAUCACGCAUUUGAACUGAUCGAUGCUAUGCUGGAUCCAAAUCCAGAGAAGAGACCUACGGCCUCAGAAGUUCUAGCUCACCCUUUCUUCCAAUCUCUUCGUUCUGAUGAAAGUACAGCAGCUAAGAUCGCAUCUUUGACAACCUCUGGAAAAAUCAAAGAAAUAUCACAACUGUUCGAAAAGCAAUUGAAAGCAAAGCCAGUUUUGGGUAAGGGUUCUUUUAACACCAUUGUUUGUGAAGCUCUAUACAAUGGAUCAAUGAGAGCGAUCAAACGAAUCGAAAAGGUCUUCAACGAUUCUUACAUAAACGAGAUUGAAUUACUAAGCAGUGACGAACUAAAUAAUACGCACGUCGUUCGUUAUUUCAACCACGAAGACGAUGAGCUUUAUUGGUAUAUUAUCAUGGAACUUUGUGAUUGCUCCCUGACACAAUGCAUCGACAACAUCGAAAUGAAAAUAAAUUUAGAAUUUUCAAAACCGGAUAGUGGUCUGUUGCAGCAGAUUGUCUUUGGAUUAAAUUUUCUUCACGGAAUUGGAAUCGUUCAUCGAGACAUCAAGCCAUCAAAUGUCUUAGUGAAAUUUCAAUCCCAGAGUAACAGUCCAACGAAAACUCCCAACAAUAAACCUUUGCUGAAACUGGCAGAUUUCGGAAUCAGCAAGAAGCUGGACGCAGUAGAAAAAGACGUGACAACCAAACGACGUGGAUCAACUGGAUGGAUGGCACCAGAAUUAUUUGCUACUCCGGCUGAGUAUACUAAAGCCGUUGAUGUAUUUGCUGCUGGACUGGUACUUUUUUAUGCUUCAACUACUGGGUCUCAUCCAUUUGCUCCGGAUGAUUCUGCCACCACUGACAUUGGAAGUAAUUUGAAUUUUGAGGCCUGUCAGGACAGCAUAAAAAAAGAGAAACCACCGAAAAAACUAAUAAUGCUAAAUGGUAGUCCAGGCAUCUAUAAUUUAAUCGAUUGGAUGAUUCAACCCAAAUUUAACGAUCGACCAGUUAUCGAAAAAGUGUUAGAGCAUCCAUAUUUUUGGAAUGCAGAUCAGGCCCUCAAUUUUGUUCGCCAAGUUUCAGAAAAGAUUGAAGGCAUCAAGUGUCCAUCGGAGGAGCAUUCCACAUUUAUCCAGCCAUUGGAAAAUUUAAAAGAUCAAUUAUUUUCAUCCAAUUGGGAAGAUGAAUUAACUCCAAAAGUCAAGGAAAAUUUAAACUUCAGGCGGAAAAAUUACCCUUAUGAUGGGACUUCAGUCGCAUAUCUCAUAAGGGCGAUACGAAAUAAGUACGCUCAUUACGAAACAUUAAAAAAGGAAGAAAAAGAAGAAUUUGGUAUUCUUCCAGACGGAUACCUGAAGUACUGGCUGUCGCGAUUCCCUAAGUUGCUAGUCCUUACUUGGCGCGUAUGGGAUGGAUCGGAGUUGAGUAAGGAACCAGCAUCUGAAGAAAAUCUGAGUCAAAUGGUGGUUGUAAAGCCAUUAGAAAAAGCCCUUCCCAUUUCGGAUUGUGCUUGGAAUCCAGUGAAUAGGAAUUUGUUGGCAUCCGUCUCACUCGAUGCAAUCACAAGCGUUUGGGAUACAUCCGACAAUCCCCCCAAGAAUAAGACCUUUCAAUUCAAUGACUGUCCAACAAUUAAGAAACCGUUUCUAACCUUGGCAUGGAAUAAAAGCGGAGAAAUCCUAGCCGCAGGAAACUGCGCUGGUGACGUAAUUUUUUGGGAUGUAGACGGGACGCAGUUGCAACAUCUUCCGAACGUCAUGGGAAAUCACACUCGACGUCUAGAAUUUCAUCCGUCCGAAGACUUUAUGUUGGGGAUAUCGUCAAAUCAACUCAUGGUGAUCUGGACUAAUCUAUUAGAACCCAAUCGCAGUACGAAAUGGACACAGCACGAGUUUGACACUAUUUAUUACGCAAAUUUCAACGAAGGAAAGCCACUUGUGGCUGUCUGCGGAUCCUUGGACUCGAAAUUUGCAGUACAAAUAAUCGAAAUUCGGCAUUAUGAUGAAACCCUACAUCUUUGUUAUCAAAUAGAUUCCGCUCAUAAUGAAAAAAUCAACGAAUGCAAAUGGUCGAUUGGGGAAGAAACAUUUCUUGCUACAUGUUCCGAUGAUCAUGCAGUCAAAGUUUGGUCGAAAAAACACCUACAUCAAGAACUACUUCUUCACAAAUCUCCAGUGACAACGAUAGAAUGGAAUCCUUUGCAGUUGAUUUUAGCCAGCGCAUCUGUUGAUGGCACGAUUAAUAUUUGGAAUGCGUCUGAAGGUGCUCUCCUUUAUAAUCUUGACAAAGUGCAUCAGAGAACAAUAAAAACGCUGGCUUUUUCGCCUGAUGGAGAGAUGCUGGCUUCUGGUGGAUAUGAUAACCUAAUUAAUGUGUGGAAAUUUGAGCAGGUAACAGAAAAAGAAAAUAUUCAAACGAUUCUAUCGGAGGAUGUUAAAUACAGAAUUAACAAACUUGUAUGGAAUUCGGAUUCCUCAAAACUCGGAGCUGCGCUUAACAAUGGAACUGUUGGUUUCUUUGAAAAAUCAAUUAGAAAAAAACAGUAAAUCCGUUUAAUGAUUGUGAUGAGUAGCUGUUAAGCAGUUGUAGGAGGCAAACCAGUUAGUAAUCGAGCACGGGUAGCCGGCAGAGACUAAGACUGAGCAUUGAGGGACGACAAGGGGCAACGGACGAAAAGACGUUGCAUAGAAGAAAUCUCUCGAGCUUUAUCUAACUCCUGGUCACCUGCAAGCCACUCUUCAGUACCUGACGCUCUUAUUCUAACAUGUGAAUCCUCUACAACUAAAAAACAGUACAGAUUUAAUACAGUAAGACACAGGUGAGCAGGUGACAACUGAAAUAUUCACCAUGCUUUGCUUUUCUCUUAAUAACCAGAUAGUUCAUUAGAAAAAUUUCAUUACUUCCUCUGAAAUUGAA